UGUUUCAGAAAAAUGUUUACUACAUCUGCUUUACUGAACCAUGAUUUUAAUGAAUAAGAGGAUACCACUAUGCUAUCAAAAUGAGGAACUUCAAAAGGGGAACGUUAAAUUAAACCGAGAAUUCACUGGAGCAGCACGCCCAAUUCUCGGCAUUCAGAGGAUCUAAUUUCUAAUAACUUACCAAGCGAGAUUCGACGGACAUUGGGAUUAGCACAGUACUUGAUGGAAACACAAAAAGAUAUUUAUGAGGGAGAAACAACUCUGGUAAUCCGCUGGAUAGGUCGAUUAUUCGAGCUGGUAAUCCGGGGUAAUCCGCCUAGUCCAUUUGUAUCCACAGUGCUUCAAGUUAUUCAAGGAUUAUUGAAUUUUAGAUAGCAGCAUAGAAGCUAAAAAGUUGAAACGGAUAUCAACUACGGAUGAUUAACUAAAUAGAUUUGUUUCUAUUUAAAAAUGCUGUACAAAAAAGAUGCUUAACUUGAAGAUUUUCUUGCGAAGUUUGCAUCAAUUUUGCGUGCUGAAAGGUGCAUUUUUUCCAAGAGAUUUUUCUGCAACACUGCUCCGGCCCAGGUUCCUGAUCAAUCUCUCUAGCAAACACCUUCAGCAAAGAGCCUCACAAAGACACCUGGUGACGAAACGACCUCGUCUCAUCCUGAAGUCCUCAAGAUUUAGCAAUUGGUCUACCUCGUCGCUCUGCUUCGAAGUAGGUAAUCAUGCACCACAUUCUCCGGACGCCAAAGAGAGUUUUCGGUUUCAUUGUUGUGAGAGGCAUCAAAAGAAAGGAGUGAACAGAGGAGGAGAGGAGAGGAGAGUAUCAUUGUGAGAAAGAGAGAACUCCAUCUGAAAUCUGAGUGGAGGAAAAGAGGAAGAAAAGAUGGAAAGGAAGGUAGAAACAGAAACAGAAGCGGUGCGCUCACGGAGGAAGAAGCAAACGACACAAAAACUGGCAAGCAUUGUCCAAGAGCGUGUCUCAGAGACGGUGGAUACUCGUUGGACCCAUGCAUACCAGCCCAUCGAAACUGGCGCGGGGAGGGACGUUGCGAUUUGAUUUUUAAAUGCAAACAAAUCUACAUCGUGGCAAAAGCGCCGCCGCCCGUCACUCAGAAUCGAGGACUGAGGAUAUCCCCUCAGAAUGGAUCGCAGAUUUUUUCAAUCAUCGGAUACUUCUUUCUGUCCCGACUGCGCUUCCGCCGAAACAAAAACGAUCGCGAUCAUUGCGCUGCGCUGCUUUUAAAAAGGGGAAAGCUUUCUUUAUAUGACGAAUGUACUUACUUAGCUUUGGACUUAUUUAUUGUGGGAACUACAAGGAUCGGAUAUUUUUAGAAACAUUUUGUUCUCCUCAAUUCUUGGCUGCAUCAAUAUUGGAUUGUUUUAUGAUUAAAGAAGCACAUACGAGGAAUGAAAUUGUAUCUUUGUGCAAUGAAAAAACUAGGGUUACUCUUUUGUCUUGACUCAUUUUCUUACAAAUCCGUUUU